AUGACCGGAUUCCGCGCUUGUGUACUUCUGGCUCUGGCCAGUAGCGCCGUCGCUGAUUACGCCUGGGGUGGUCUCGGUUAUGGCCACGGUCUCGGCUACUCCGGCCUUGGCUACACUGGUCUCGGCUACACCGGACUUGGCUACGGACAUGGUCUGAACUACGGACAUGGUAUCAGCUACGGGCAUGGUCUUGGUUAUGGCCAUUCUGGUCUGACCAGCUACGCUGUUGGUGCACCAGCCAGCUAUUCUCUCGCUACCCCAGCUGUUCGCCGCGCUGUGGUCGCUCCCUAUCAGGUUGCUCCGACCGUCGCUCACUACCAGGCUGCUCCAGUGGUUGCUUCCUAUGCUGCUGCUCCAGUUGUCAACUACUCCCCUACCCCAGUCGUCAGCAAGGUGGCUGCCUACCAGGUUGCCCCAGCCGUUCAGACCGUUGCUCAUGCCCCGGCUGUGGCUACCUACGCCCACGCCGCUCCUUCUGUGGCCAGCUACGCCCACGCCGCUCCAACUGUGGCUGGCUAUGCCCACGCCGCCCCAGUGUACGGAUACGGUGUUGGAUCCCUCGGCUACGGUGUUGGCCACUACGGGUACGGACAGGGACUUGGCAGCUACGGCCUGAACUACGGUUACGGUCUUGGAACCUACGGUGACUACUACAACACCCUCCUCCGCAAGAAGUAAACUGCAUUAAGAAAAGGUUCUCCACGGACGUCGGUCGACAGGAUGCCAUAAAGAAGAAAAAUGUUUACUGCCAACGUUUUGUUGUCACAAAGACGCAAUAAAUGUGUUGAGUCCUCUUAA